UGUUGCUUCUAUCACGGUACCGUCCAUGGGAGAAUAUGAGCCUUCAAAAGAAACACUGGAUGGUGACACUACAAGAGGUCUUCUACCCUGCUUUAGCAGCUGUUGGAAUUCCCUCCAACUCCAUCACCUUUCUGAUUAUCUUGAGGAGGAACUGCAUGCUCUCCAAAUCCAGCACUUUCUACCUGAUGGCCAUGUCUGUGGCCGACAACCUCGUUCUGCUCUUCAUUGUGGUUCUUGAACUUUCCGUUAAGUACCACCAGCAGGAGCCGUUUUGGAGUUACGAGCCAUGGUGCAGCCUGAGGGACAUUUUUAACUAUGGAGCAUACAACGCCUCAACGUGGCUGGUGGUUGUCUUUACAGUGGAACGUUUUAUUUCUAUCCACACAUGGAAAGUGAAAAACAAAAUCUGCACUCAAAGAUGUGCGGCAUGGACUAUAACAGCAGUUUUUCUCUUCAGUCAUCUUUGUGCCAUUCCUUACUUCUGGUCUAACACGUCAGUCUACACGAACAACCAGACUAGAUGUAUCUACAGUCCAGAGGCCCCAUCGCACUUAAUUCACACCCUGGUUUGGUUUCAAACGCUGCAAGCCUACGUAUUCCCCUUUGUCAUCAUCCUUACACUGAACGGGCUCACUCUGCGCCUGAUCUCCCUCAGCAACCGUGUUCAUAUCACUGCUGAUUUAACUUCAAGGGUCAACAAAGUCAUGCCCCUGCUGCGCUCCCGGAAGAGAAAAUCUGUAGUGCUUCUCGUCACUGUGUCCAUGAGUUUUGUGCUGCUGUCCGUCACCCGUGCUAUAACGCAGAUCAUCCUCCGCACCACUCACAUGUACACUUUGGAUCGUAAUGAUUAUAACCUCAAGAUAAAUAUAGCAGCGGACACUGGCACCAUGCUCAGCCUGAGCAACGCGGCUGCCAACAUGUACUUAUAUGUCUGCACCCAGUCCAGGUUUCGCCAAGAGUUCUCUGCUUGCGCCAGACAGGUGUCCUUCUGCUGCAAAACAAGACUGUAGACGGAUAAAACCCAUCUAGGCCUUUACUAAACACAAUUACUGAAACGCUGAAGGUGGCUUGUGCAUGUGUACUCUCCUGGUGUCUGGGAACAGAGGAAAUUACCUCAUUCAGGUCAUAACCACAUAACGACCAUCACUGAAGUACUGCUCCAUAAAAUACAAUCUAAUUCUCUUUAUUACUGUGUUUUUCUCACCAUGACCUACUGUUAAAGAAGUGAGACGGCUUAACCUGCUUGUUAACAAUCAUGAGACACAUCCCCACUGUUUGACAUGGCAAAGACAAUUUCAGAAUUAAUUUCCUGCAAAUGGUUUCCAGAUCCAGAACAAACAAGAAACAAGACCUGACUCUACAGACAUUGUCAUUCUUGGCACGGCAGUUUGUAACACUCUAGCACAAAUGUAGUUGGCAAAAUCAGAGACAUGAUAAAUGUGUAGCAUGCUUGAAUAGUUUUAGCAUGAAUUUAUGUGGAUGGAGUUUUUAUUGCAAAUGUAAGCAGAUCACUGAUAUUCUCAUAUUCAAGCAUUUUUUACUAUUUGAUUUUGGAACAUUUAAUGUUUGCUAUGCC